AUGAAAGCUCGCUCCUGUCUCCGUAAUAAAAAAAGACAACCCCGCAAAGUCGAUAAAAUUGGUAAUUACACGGUUAUGAAAAAAGACUUUGCUUCGGGCGCAUUCGGUUCUGUCGCUCAAUGCAAGACAGAUGAUCAACAAAUCGUUGCAAUUAAAAAAGUAAUAUGGAAUAAGUCCAUAAAAUCUCAAGAAUAUGAUAUAUUACUAUCUCUUGACCAUAGAAAUAUUGUCAAAGUUUACGAUCAUAUUGUAGAUUCUGAAUCAAACCAGAGUAAGGUUAAUGAAUUCAUUGUUAUGGAAUAUUUAAACGAGUCCUUAUUCGACUAUAUGAUCGAGUUCAAUCAAAAUCAAAAACGCAUUCCAAUGUUAGAUAUCAAAUUAUUUGCGUAUCAAAUUUUUUCAGCACUGAAUUACAUUCACUCCAAAGGUAUUGCACAUUGCGAUCUUAAACCUGAAAAUAUCCUUCUUGAUAGAUCUAGUGGCAUCAUUAAGGUUGCCGAUUUCGGUUCAGCCCAAUACAUAACUCAGGCCUCUGCGAACAACACAUAUAUUGUAUCCAGAUUUUAUCGUGCACCCGAGCUACUCAUUGAUGCAAAACAGUACGAUACUGCUGUUGAUAUCUGGUCAACCGGAUGUAUUAUUGUUGAAAUGCUUACAGGUCAUACAUUAUUCCAUAGCAAUAAUUCGGAUGAGCAGCUUAAAGCCAUUUUGAAGGUUCUUGGAAAACCUUCAUUUGACGAUUUGCACUCAAUCCCACACAAGAAAGUUGUUCCUCAAUACAGAGACCAAACAACUCCAAUAGAAAGUAUAAUCCCAUCAAAUACUCCUCAGGAUUUGAAAGAAUUAUUGAAAUCUAUUCUUGUUUUCAAUCCGAAAAAGAGACCAACUGCAUUGGAAUGCAUGAACCACAAGUUCUUUGAUGAACUUUUUGUUCCAGACACGACAAUGCCAGAUGGAACUCCUCUUCCUCAACUUGAUCGCCAAAAUUUGAAAUAA